AUGGCUGAUUCGGCGAGUGAAUCUGACUCUAGCAGCAUUGAUGGGGGUCCAAUUAUGAUGCCGCCCAGUCCAGUAACGCGAGAACAGUUACAGAAACGAAUUGAAAGUCUUCAGCAACAAAACAGGGUGCUCAAAGUGGAACUUGAGACUUACAAGUUGCGAGUCAAAGCUCUGCAAGAAGAAAACAGGGAUCUCCGCAAAGCUUCUGUCAUAAUUCAAGCAAAAGCUGAACAAGAAGAAGAGUUUAUUUCAAACACAUUACUCAAAAAGAUUCAGGCCCUCAAAAAGGAGAAGGAAUCUUUGGCUCAUCAUUAUGAGAGAGAAGAAGAAUGUCUAACCAACGAUCUGUCCAGAAAAUUGACUCAAUUAAGACAAGAAAAAUGCCGAUUGGAGCAAACAUUGGAACAGGAACAGGAGUGCCUUGUCAAUAGACUGAUGAGAAAAAUUGAGAAGCUAGAGGCUGAAACUUUGGCCAAACAAAGCAACCUUGAGCAGCUACGUAGAGAAAAAGUCGAGUUGGAGAACACUUUGGAGCAAGAACAAGAAGCUUUGGUGAACAAGUUGUGGAAGCGCAUGGAUAAAUUGGAGGCCGAGAAGCGAAUGCUGCAAAUCAAAUUGGACCAGCCAGUUUCCGAUCCAGCCAGUCCAAGAGAUAUUAGCAAUGGGGACACUGCCAGUAAUCUUAGUUCUCACAUUCAGACUCUUAGAUCUGAAGUCACCAGAUUGAGGCAGACUUUGGCUAUAAGUCAACAGGAACAUACCCAGAAGAUGCAAAGGUAUGUGCAAGAAGAGAGAAAUAUCAAGGAGGAAAAUUUGCGUCUCCAGCGUAAAUUGCAACUGGAAGUGGAAAGGCGCGAAGCCCUUUGCAGACAUCUUUCGGAAAGCGAAAGCUCAUUGGAAAUGGAAGAAGAGCGGCAAUACAACGAACAAAUGUUGGGUGUGCGACAGCAUACAGUGUCUCCGAUACCGUACAAUCCAUCUCCAACACAAAGUCGCCCACUUAGUCCAGGUAUGUCGCAGAUGCAGGCGCCCUCGCCUAGGGACUCGUUGAUCGUCGGCACGCCUCGCUGUCACUCGUGCGGCCAAGUGUACGUUCCGGCGGCGCUGUUGCCGGUCGGCUCGAGCAGCCCGCCGGCUCCGCCCCACCGUCGGGCCAGCGAGCGGUUCAUCAAGCCGGCAAUACCGGCCCCGCAGCCGCCCAGUCCCAUGGACACUUCCACUAACAAGGAAUAAACGAUCGAAGAGGAUAAGGCCAACUGGACUGGACUGGACAAGUUUCAAAGGAAUAAAAUUACCUUUAACGUGAAAACAGUCCCAUUCAAUAAAUAAUCAUUUCAAAAAAGGAUAAUUUUUAUUUUGGUGUAGAAGAGUACAGCCCAUUUAUUUUUAGGAAGAUAACAAUCUGAUUGUU